AUGUUUAAUAACUUUUUAAAGAAAGGAAGAAGAAGAAUGAAUGAAAGUAGAGAUAAACUAAUGAAUGUUGAUGAUGAUGAUGACGAUGACACUAAUCAUCAUUUAUUGACUACACCAACAUCAACCAACACCAAUGAUGAUAAUGAUCAUGAUCAUGAUGAUAAUUCAAACGAUGAUGAUGAUGAGUCUACUAAAUCAUUAAUUACAGCUACAGCAACAGUAACAACACAACUACAACAAGACUUUGAAGAUGAUCAUCAAGAUGACCAAGUAACAACAACAACAAACUCAACCCCAAGUUUAAGUAUCAACAGUAACAGAAAUGUAUUGGACCUUUUGGCAAAGAGAAAGAAGAUCAGCAAAAAGGCUGCUAUUAGAUACAAACCAAAACAAACUCAACAACCUACCAUUGUUCAAGUACCAGUCACCAAGGAAGAUGCUUGCAAGAAAGGAUGUUGUGGACCAAAAGAAAAGGAACCUCCUGCCGUUGUUGCCCAAGUACCAGUCAAGGAAGACUCUUGCAAGAAGGGUUGUUGCGGACCAAAGGAAAAGGAACCUGUCGUUAUUGCUCAAGUACCAGUCACAAAGGAAGAUUCUUGCAAGAAAGGAUGUUGUGGACCAAAAGAACCUGUCGUUGCAGUCAAGGAAGACUCUUGCAAAAAGGGAUGUUGUCCACCAGUAUCGCCAGACAUCUCUUUGACCAACAACACCAAUACGAGUGCUGAUAGUGAAUGUAAAAAAGGAUGUUGUCCACCAACAAAAGGAACAAUAGUAGUAGAUGUACCAACAAUUGCAAUUGCAACAACAAAGAGUGCACCUAAUAUUGGAAGUGGAAAGUAUUGUUGUGAUGUUUGUAUUACUGGACCUUGUUGUAAAAAGGAUUGUUGUGCCACCGAGUGUUGUCUUACCUUUACCAUCGAGUAUGGUGGCAAGGAUGGAUUCAUUUACAAGUCUGACAAGAAAAAGACAAUGUAUGCAUCACUUUUGUACAAGGCGUGUGGUAGCUUGUUUGGAUUGCGUUAUGGAUACGGUGAACACCAAAAACUUGAUGAAACCAAUAAUGGUGAUCACUCACAUCAAGAUGGUCCUCAACAAGAAAUCGAUAUGUCUGUCCUAUCAAAUAUCGAACCAACUCUUUUGCUACUCAAUGUCGAUGGAAUGAAUUGUGCCGAUUGUGUCACUACAAUGGAAGACAAGGUCAAGAAAAUGGAAGGUAUCAAUACCAUCACUACCAAUCUCUUUACCUCCAAGUGUGAAAUCACUUUCAAUACCAUGUUGACAGAUCCAUAUGCAAUUAUUCAAACUAUUAAUUCAUUAGGAUUCACGGCAACUGAAAUCGAUGACAAGGCGAAUGAGUUGGUAUUGGAUCUAGGACAGGUUGUUGAUGACAUUAACAUUUCGGUUUCUAAUUUGGCUGAUGAUAUCGAAUCGAUUGAAGGAGUUGAAAGUGUAAUGAUUAGUGGAGACAAUGGUAAUGUACUAGUCAUUGCAUACGAUCAAUCUACCGUUACUAUUAGAACACUGUAUGAUAGGGUCAAUGAGAUGGUUCGUGCUGACCCACCAAUCCCAAUAUUGGACAAGAGUGCAAUUAAAAAGAGUGGUGAGACAUUGUCGAUGAAGGACAUGUUGUACAGACUAUUGAUGAUAUCAUUGGUAUUGUGUGUACCGUGUGUUCUCAUCUCGUUUAUUCUUCCACUUGGAAGUGGUCCAAAUACCAUUUUGUCAACUUCCAUCGUCAAUGGAUUCAGUGUCAAGAUACUAUUGUUGUUUAUCUUUUCAACACCCAUCCAAUUCUACGUUGGUAAACCGUUGUACAUGUUGGCGUACAAGACACUUAGACACGCUAAAAAGGCGUCGAUGGACCUGUUGGUCAUGAUCAGCAGUACCAUUGCAUACGGCUAUUCGUGUGUGUCGUCCAUCAUCCUCCUCUUUGACGCCAGCUACCACGGGGAAGUUUUCUUUGAAACGUCGUCCAUCCUGCUGACACUUAUCAUCCUUGGUCGAUACCUCGAAGCCGUUGCCAAGGGAAAUGCAGGCAAUGUCUUGAAAUCUCUUCUAUCUCUACAAGCUCAAACAUCGAUUUUAAUCGAGUCUCCUAAACCCCCAUCAUCCCCCACGACGACAAUCGACGACAAACCAAAAGAAACUAAACACGAGUUGGCCGAAGACGAUUGUUGUUCUUCAAAACUUCAAAUAAAAAAAGAGAGGGACGAAAUGGAAGAGAGACAACGAAACCAAUUCCUCCAACAAGAAAAAGAACUCCAAACCAAGGACAGAGAGAUCCCAAUUAAACUGGUACAACUCAACGACCAUUUGCGUAUUCUACCAUUUAGUAGAAUCCCAGUGGACGGUAUUAUUAUCAGCGAGUGUCGAGAUACAUUGGUUGACGAGUCAAUGGUGACUGGCGAGUCGGUUCCAGUACCAAAGAAAACGGGUGAUGCUGUGUAUGGAGGAUCGAUGAGCUGCAACCAACCACUCAUCAUCAAAGUACACAAAAAACCAAACAAUGGAACACUCUCUAAUAUUUGCAAGAUGGUUGAACAGGCUCAAUCUUCCAAACCACCCAUUCAACAAACUGCCGAUCGUGUCGCAUCCUAUUUCGUACCCGGUAUUAUCAUCCUGUCGAUUGUUGUAUUUAUCAUCAACAUUUGUCUUGCUCACUGGCGUGUGGUUGAUACCGAUGGACAAGGAUCGUUCACAUUCUCAUUGUUAUUCUCGAUUACUGUACUAGUCAUCUCGUGUCCAUGUGCAAUUAGUUUGUCUGCUCCCACUGCCAUCAUGGUUGGCUGUGGUGUUGGUGCAAAGCUUGGUAUUCUUUACAAGGGUGGUGAUGUACUAGAGGCAGCAAGUAAAGUAGACACGGUCGUCUUUGACAAGACUGGCACAUUGACCAAAGGAAAACCAAAUGUAACCGAUGUACAUACCAUUGGUACAGAGAUUGACCAACACACUCUAUUAGAGAUUACAGGCUCAUUGGAACAGUCGAGCGAACAUGUUUAUGGAAAGAUGUUGACCAAGUAUUGUCGCGAGCAACUUGGUGGAAAAGAGUUGGUUGAAGCAACAGAAGUUGAAUCCGUACCAGGCAAGGGAAUCAAAGGAUUGGUCAAUGGAGUAAAGGUUGUUGCUGGAAACGUAUCACUCAUCGUUCAAGAUGAAGCUAUCAUAGUUGACGAGUCAUCUCAAAAAGUGAUUGAAUCUUUGGAAAGAGAUGGAAAGACAAUUGUAGUGGUUGCCAUUGGCGGAAAGAUUAGUGGUAUAUUUGGUAUGAUUGACGAGGUCAAGGAAGAGUCUAGACUAGUCGUACAGGCACUCAUGGCAAGAGGUCUCAAAGUUUGGAUACUUAGUGGUGACAAUUAUCGUGCUGUUCAAAGAGUAUCAAACUACCUCGGAGUACCCAAUUUCAUUGCAUCGGCAACACCUCAGAGCAAGUGCAAAUAUAUCAGUCAAAUCCAAUCACUUGGUAGAAAGGUUGCGUUUGUAGGUGAUGGUGUCAAUGAUGCCGUUGCAUUGGUUCAAUCCAAUGUGGGUAUUGCUGUCUGCGAAGGUACCGAUGUUGCCAUUGAAGCAGCAUCCAUCGUUCUCAUGAAGGAUGAUCUUCGUGGUGUCGUGACUUCCAUUGACCUCUCUCAAAGAAUCCUCAAAACCAUCAAAUUGAAUUUCCUCUGGGCUUUUCUCUACAAUCUCGUUGGUAUCCCCAUCUCUUCUGGUAUCCUCUACCCAUUCUUUCACGUAUCCAUCCCAGUGGCAUUUGCGGGAAUCUCAGAACUAUUAUCAUCUCUUCCAGUAGUCUUAUUUUCAUUAUUAAUUAAUUAUUAUACUCCACCUUUAAUUUAA